CAGUAACUUACUGCGUCACCAUGGUGUUAAUUUGGACAAAGUUUUCUGUGUUAAUAUUGGCCGGUUUGGCCAAUGGGGUGAUUCGGCAAGGCCUCAACGGCCAAUGGAAAGUGACAGGGGGGCCCAACGAAACUUUAACUAUUGAUGCCUAUGUUCCCGGCGGCAUAUUUUCCGCCCUCAUGGAAAGUGGCACAAUUGGGGAUAUUUUCUACGGUACUGGGGACUCAAAUUACAGUUGGGUGGGCCUAACCAACUGGACUUACAGCACAACAUUCACAGUCAGCGAAGAAUUGCUAAACAGUCGAGUUGUCUUAGUGGUUUUUGAGGGUUUGGACACAUUUGCGACUGUUUCGGUCAAUGGACACGAAGUGGGGACGAGCGAGAACAUGUUUGUUCGCUACAAUUUCAACAUUAGAGACCAGCUUCAAGUGGGUGCGAAUGAAAUUUCGGUUCAGUUCGCCUCUGCGGUCGCCACGGCCGAAGCCUUGGCCAAGGACCCAAGCAACGAAUACGUAAUCCCGCCCGAAUGCCCUGUUCCCGAGUACAAAGGCAUUUGCUACGUUAAUCGUAUCAGAAAACAGCAAGCUUCGUUCGCGUGGGACUGGGGCCCCGCUUUUGCCUCUGUGGGAAUAUGGGGUUUGACUGAAAUAAUCGGUUUCGAUGACGCUUUUAUUGAAUAUUUGGUGGCAACACCGUUGAAAAAUCCAGACGAUGAUUUCUGGUCUGUUCCCCUUUCUGUGUACUUAAAUGCAGGCGAAAUCGCGGCGAUUUCAGGGACAAUAGAUGUUUCUUUGGAAACAGAGGAGGGUGUAAGGACCUCCAGUUUUAAAUUUAACGAAACUGUGGACGAGUUUGAAGUCAAAGUGACGACUACCCUACUGGUGCCAUCCAGUGAGGUGAGCACGUGGUGGCCUAACGGCUACGGCACGCAGUCCACGUACAAAUUGUUGGUAACAUUUGUUAGCGAGCACGAGCGCGACCAAAGCACUGUGCACAUAGGGUUCAGAACGGUGGAGCUAGUCCAGGAAAAAUUAGACCAAGGCCUCAGCUUUUAUUACAAAGUUAACCAAGUCCCGAUUUUCGCAAAGGGGGCCAACGCAAUCCCCAUUAACAUUCUUCCGGAGCGGAGCCAAAGCCUCAACCUAGCUCCGCUUUUUGAAACCAUGAAAAGUGCCCACAUGAACAUGUUGCGCGUGUGGGGCGGAGGCGUUUACAACGUGGAUUAUUUUUACAGCCUUGCUGAUGAUGCCGGGAUAAUGAUUUGGCAGGAUUUCAUGUUUGCGUGCGCUUUGUAUCCCACUGACGAUGCUUAUUUGAAGAACGUGGUUAAGGAAGUUAAACAUCAAGUGAGACGCCUUGCCAGCCACCCUAGUGUGGUGAUUUGGGCGGGAAACAACGAAAAUGAGGCCGUUUUGGCGCAAGAUUGGUACGACACCAGGGACAAUUUCACGAUUUAUAAAAAUGACUACGUUAAGUUGUACGUUGAUGUUAUUCGACCUGAAGUCCUUAAAAUCGUACCCAACGCCACUUAUCUAACUUCAAGCCCCACUAACGGGCUAGAAAGCGAUCAGGAGGGUUACGUGGCCCAGAACCCGGGGGAUUCCCUCUACGGAGACGUUCACUUUUACGAUUACACAAGCGACAGUUGGGCCCCUGAGACUUUCCCAAUCCCGCGGUUUGCCUCAGAAUACGGCUACCAGUCAAUGCCCAGCAUUGAGUCCUGGCUUACUGCCACCGCCAGUUUGGAUGAUUUAAGACCUGAUAGUGCCUUCAUGGACUAUCGGCAACACCACCCUGGCGGUAACGACCAAAACGUCGAUUUAAUUGAAUUACAGAUGCAACUGCCUGAUUCUGCGAGCGAAAACUACGUUAAAGCUUUCAUUUAUUUCUCUCAAAUUCUCCAAGCACAGGCGAUGAAAGUCCAAACUGAGCACUAUCGCAGUUUCAAGGGGCGAGUCAACGAGAAGGGGGAAGGUAACACCAUGGGGGCCCUCUACUGGCAGCUAAACGACGUCUGGGUGGCACCCACAUGGUCCGGGAUAGAUUUUACCGGGCGGUGGAAAAUGCUGCAGUACUUCGUCAAAGAUUUCUUCAACCCCAUGAUUAUCACUGGGAGACUCACGGACGAUAAUUUGGAGGUUUAUGCCAUUUGUGACGGUCUAGAACUACCAAAUGUAACAGUUAAAGGGUUAGUUCAGGUUUAUAAGUGGGAGUCUCUAGAGCCGCUAAUUGCAGUAGAAUCGCCAAUUUCUCUGGAUUUGUACAAAUCGGUCCCUGUCACAACCAUCCAUGCACCCACCGCUUUACAGACCGCCGGUUGUGGCAGCGAUUAUGCCGAAGCGAAGAAAAAAUGUUUCUUCCAUCUUCGGUUGCUCGACCAGGGUAAUAUUAUUUUGGCCCCGUUUAAUUAUAUCUUCCCGGAGAAACUCAAAAACUGUGCCCUCGCCAAGCCUGCAGUGAAGAUUGAGUCCGUUGAGAUUGUCGAUUUGUACAAGAAAAUUUUCAGCGUGACUGUGUCCACAGAUGCGGUCGCUUUGUUCGUGUGGUUGGACACUCAUGAGGUCAAAGGCGUGUUUUCGGAAAACGGCUUUUUGCAAGUGCUUCCCAGCAAAACUGUGAAUUUUACAGCCGACAGUCGCAUCACACUGGAUGCGUUGCAAGCCGCAGUGACAGUUACACAUUUAAGCGACCCCGCGUAUCUGUAAAUGUGAAUGAAAUAAAGGUUUAAACAAGA